AUGAAAAAGGAAGAAACUCAAGGGCAGUGUUCUUCUCAAGAGAUCAAUAACAACAUUCAGAGCUAUCAAGAGCAGCUAUUCCUUCAGCAACAACAGAUGCAACAACACCAACAACAACAACAAAACGGUGAUAAUAUCUUUGGAGGUGGAAGAGGGUUAUUGUUCCCUGAAGUUUCUCCAAUCUUGCAACCAUGGUCCAUGCCUCCGGUUCACUCCUUCAACCCGGUCCGAGACCAUGACCCGUUUCUUGUCCCUCCCCAACCUUCACCCUACGCAAGCUAUUUCAACAGAAGGGUUCCAUCACUUCAAUUUGCGUACGAGGGUCCAUCUUCUGAACAUCUAAGGAUCAUAUCAGAUACCCUUGGACCCAUGGUUCAACCCGGUUCAGCUCCCUUUGGACUCCAAGCCGAGUUGGGUAAGAUGACUGCUCAAGAAAUCAUGGAAGCUAAGGCUCUUGCAGCUUCCAAGAGUCACAGUGAAGCUGAAAGAAGACGCAGAGAGAGAAUCAACAACCAUCUUGCAAAGCUCCGUAGCUUGUUGCCCAACACAACCAAAACAGAUAAAGCUUCAUUGCUGGCAGAAGUGAUUCAGCAUGUGAAGGAACUGAAGCAUCAAACAUCGUUGAUAGCGGAAACGAGUGCAGUGCCUACUGAGGCCGAUGAACUAACGGUGGAUGCAGCUGAUGAGGACGGAAAGUUUGUGAUAAAAGCCUCAUUGUGCUGUGAAGAUAGGUCAGAUCUCUUAACUGACCUCAUCAAAACCUUGAAAGCGUUAAGGUUAAGAACCCUCAAAGCUGAGAUCACAACGCUUGCUGGGCGUGUUAAGAACGUGCUUUUCAUCACUGGGGAUGAGGAUUCAAGUAGCAGUAGCGGAGAACAGUGUUGUAUAAGUUCAAUACAAGAAGCACUGAAGGCAGUGAUGGAGAAGAGUGGUGGUGAGGAUUCAACAGCUUCUGGGAAUGUUAAACGCCAAAGGACUAAUAUCAACAAUAUCCUUGAACAAAGGUCUUUAUGA